AUGGAUGAGAUACAAGUGGUAGCCGCUGUUUGGACGCCGACCAUUCUGUGGGCGCAACAGCAGUUUACUGAAUUUGAGUAUCUAUCCGUGGAAACUUCUGGAGUUUGCCUAAUGAAACUUAGGAACCCCUUUAAGCUGCCAAAAUUAACCCUUCUCCUACUUGUUGUUUCUCUCUGGAGAGUAGUGUUGGUGGAUGCUGAUUCACCUAUUCUUUUCCUAGACUGGACUGUAUCUUAUUCUCAACGUGCUUCUCUUGGUGUUGAUAAACAGGUUAUAGUAAUCAAUAAUCAGUUCCCAGGACCGCUGUUGAAUGCAACAACAAAUGACCUUCUCAAUAUUAAUAUUCACAACAACUUAACAGAGCCAUUUCUCAUAACUUGGAACGGACUCCAACUAAGGAAGAACUCAUGGCAAGAUGGGAUGCAAGAGACAAAUUGCCCCAUACAGCCAGACCAUGACUGGACCUACAGUUUUCAAAUAAAGGAUCAGAUUGGAAGCUUUUUCUAUUUCCCUUCUCUUCUUCUCCAAAAGGCUGAUGGUGGAUAUGGUGCCAUCCGUGUAAACAAUCGUCAGCUUGUUUCUGUUCCAUUCGAUCAGCCUUACAAAGAGUAUGACAUUCUAACUGGAUAUUGGUAUAAUGCUGAUCAUCGGGACAUGAGAGCUUCACUUGAUGAUGGAAGCCCCUUGUCUAAGCCAGAUGGUAUCCUUAUUAAUGGACUUGGACCUGAACAAGCAAUUUUUUACUUUGAACCAGGAACUACAUAUAGGCCAAGGAUUUCAAAUGUGGGUUUGAAAACAUCACUCAACUUGAGAAUUGAGGAGCAUAUAUUCCUUUUGGUGGAGACUGAAGGAUCUUACACACUUCAACAAUAUUAUAGUAGCUUGGACGUUCAUGUUGGCCAGUCUUACUCUCCCAAUAUAUAUUUCCGAUAUGUCCUAGUCACUGGUAAGAACCAGAGUAACAGUGGAACCUCUUAUUGCAUGGUUGCUAGUUCCUGUUUUAUUCCUUUCCAACUUAUCGGAGUUGGUAUAAUUUGGUAUCCAGGCUCUCAGCCAUACCCCAUUACCCCUCUUCCAGUCGGGCCACUGCCAUUCGAUUAUUCAUUCUCUUUAGCUCAAGCUCGUUCAAUAAGAUGGAACUUAACAGCAGGAGCUGCAGGGCCAAAUCCCCAAGGUUCCUAUCAUUAUGGCACCAUCAAUAUCUCGCAGACACUGGUCAUUGAGAAUGGUAUUAUGAAUAAUGGAAAAUUUCGCUACACAAUUAAUGGAAAAUCGUUUGUUCAUCCAGAUACACCAUUGAAGUUGUUGGAUUUUUUCCACCUCAGUGUCGACUCUGUGCCUGUUACUUUUCCUCCUGCACUGGCAACUUCAAUAAUUGCCGUUAAUUAUCAUGACUUCCUCCAUCUGGUAUUAUUGAACCCCCUUCCGCAUUUGCAGACAUGGCAUCUUGAUGGCUAUAACUUCUUCGUUGUUGACAUGGACUGGGGGAUGUGGGAUGAGAGUAAGAUGAAACAAUAUAACAUGAUUGAUGCCAUUUCUCGCUCCACAGUUCAGGUUUAUCCGUUUUCAUGGACGGCAAUACUGGUGAAGUUGGACAGUGAAGGACUGUGGAAUUUGAGGUCACAGAAUGCUGAGAAUUGGUAUCUUGGACAAGAGCUUUACAUUAGAGUGAAAGGUGUUGGAAAGAUGAAUGGCUCAUCAGCCAUUUCUAUAGAGGAUGAAGCUCCAAUUCCUGCAAAUGUCAUCAAAUGUGGAAGGGCCACUAAUCUAUGAUCUUCUCUUGGAUUAUUUAUUUAAUGCAUAUCAUUCUCAUUGGAUUUGAGUAACUCCAAUCUUAGCCAUUCUUUUGCAUGAAUCAUUUGAGUAAAGAAGACAUUAUUUGGAUCAUUCUUCUACUUCCAUGACGAUAAUUACUUGUAUUCUUACGAUUGUGGAAAGGAACAACGUGUAUAGUGUAGAUCCUACAUCGUGAAGAAACCAAAGAAUGGUUUGAGAUGUGACUAUAAAGAGCUGGCACGAAAUGUGAGAAAAAUAUGAUCCUUUAGGCAAUUUAACGGGGAUAUGAUGAAUAGUCAUUGCUCGCUAUUACUUUGCGAGAUAGGUGUUUGCGCCUGCGCCCACGCCCACGCCCACGCCCACCACGCCACACCCACCCCCCCUCGUUUUGACAACUUGGGCACUCCCAUCUUUACCAAUCUGAUCCCUACCUUGAAGGAAUUUUAAAUCCCAGUUUUAAUUUUUGUAGUAGUCUUCUCAACAAGACAAACUGUUUACUGGUUGAUAUUUGAUUAUCUUGCGAAGCUGUGACUUCUGAUCAAUGUUUUCAAACUGUGGGGCCUGUUA